AUGCAGUCCACCUUUUCCAGUAAUACACAAGUAUCCAUAACCUUAUCUCACCGCUACGAUCAACCAAGAUUCUCGGGGAAGUUAAGGAAGAUCAUCAAGAAAGAAAAAAUAAAAUCCCAGAUCAGAAAAACUGGAAUCGAGAUCAAUGAUUUCCUUGUUGGGUCAGAUGGGUUUGAACUGUUUUCAAGAUUCUGCUACAGCAAUGGCGAAAUCAAUAUCUUCGUAUCCAACGUCUCCCACCAAAGGUCCACGGCUACCGUCACCACUUGCACAGAACCGCACAUGCAUUUUAUAGUCACCAAUGGUCUACCACUAUUUUCAUCAGCGACCUAUUCUUACAAUCAGAUCUAUUUUUAUAUGCUUAUUGUCUUUCCUAUUCUCGGUUCCUUUGUUCAGUGGUCAUGUAGGAUUCUUGGAAUAUAUGAUGCUGAUACCACUGAAUCUGUUGUGGCUUUGAAGAUUAAACUGCAGGAAUUGGAACUGAACUUUCAAGAGAUGUUACUAGCCUAUUAG